GAGCUCAUCGCGGCGACCGACGGCUUUGCCGAGGCACGCAAGGUGGGCGAGGGAGGCUUCGGGCGCGUCUACCGCUGCGACGCGCUGCCGUCGCUCCUGCGCGUCGCCUGCGGGUUCGCCGUCAAGACGGCCCUGGUCGGUGUCGGCGCCCAAGGCCUCGCCGAGCUGCAGAGCGAGGUGCGCACGCUCAGCGCGGCAUGCCACCGGUCCCUCCUCCCCCUCCUCGGCGUCUGCUUGGCGCCGGCGAGAGCGUGCCUCGUCUACCCCCUCUGCCGCGGCGGCAGCCUCGAGGACCGCCUCUACCGCGCUCCAGCCGCGCUGCAGCGGCUCCGCAUGCUCGGCUUCGAGACGCCGCUUCCGCCGCUCUCCGCCGCCGCACGGCUCCGCGUGCUGCGCGACGCAGCGAGCGCGCUGCACUACCUGCACACGCUCUCGCCCAUGAUCCUGCACCGCGACGUCUCGGCGGGCAACAUCCUGCUCGAC